UUUUGCACCCGGUCCUGCUGUUCCCAGGACGCUAUAAAAGAGCCGCCCAGUCGCUGACAGUCACAACACUCACUCAUCUGAGAUUGAAGACUCAACACCUGUAAGGAAGCCACAACCAUCAGCUGAAUAAUGGACCCUUGCGACUGCUCCAAGACUGGAACCUGCAACUGCGGAGGAUCCUGCACGUGCACAAACUGCUCCUGCACCAGCUGCAAGAAGAGCUGCUGCUCAUGCUGCCCAUCCGGCUGCACCAAGUGCGCCUCCGGCUGCGUGUGCAAAGGGAAGACGUGCGACACCAGCUGCUGUAAGUGAGGAGCCUGCAGCAUCAGCACUCUACUACCCUUGUGAUGGCACCUGUGUCAACUGACUGAAUUGCAGCUGUGUACCGGAAAUGUAUUUUGUACUUGUCUUCAAUGUUGAAAUAAACGCGGAUCCCUAAUGUG